AUGCAGGAAAUUCUGGUAACAGCAAGCAACACAUGAGCUUGUGCAGGGGUGUUUGCCAUCGCGCAUUAGCCAACCAUGUGCACAGGAAAGAGCCUGGUUUACAAGAAUCGGCUCCUGAAGACCCAGCGGGGCCGGCAGCCAACUUCCACUUUACUUGGGAUGUUUUCACUUUCGGGGCAUCUUGUUCUGAGUCAAGAUUCCUCCUUCUGAAUGUGGGACUUUCCAGAAGGACCGCGGCUCCUUCCAUGCAUCCACUUGGCCUGGGAUGUGCUGGAUUUUGGUUGUCGAGGGAGUUCGCCUGCUUCUCCGGAGAAGGAUGGCCACGUGCUUCCUAUGGAAUCUGCUUCUCUGGGAAGCUCUUAUUCCCAUGGCAGUUAUCGGUGCUCAAGUGCUGAGCAAGGUGGGGGACUCCGUGCUGCUGGUGGCUGAGCAUCCUCCAGGCUUCCAAGUCCGCGAGGCCAUCUGGAGAUCUCUCUGGCCUUCGGAGGAGCUCCUGGCCACGUUUUUCCGGGGCUCCCUGGAGACUCUGUACCACUCCCGCUUCCUGGGCAGAGCCCAGCUGCACAGCAACCUCAGCCUGGAGCUCGGGCCCCUGCAGUCUAGAGACAGUGGCAAUUUCUCUGUGCUGAUGGUGGACACAGGAGGUCGGGCCUGGACCCAGACCCUGCAGCUCAAGGUGUAUGAUGCGGUACCCAGGCCCACGGUUCAGGUGUUCAUUGCUGUAGCAGGGGAUGCUGAGCCCCUCAAGACCUGCCAGGCCUUCUUGUCCUGCUGGGCCCCUAACAUCAGUGACAUCACCUAUAGCUGGCGACGGGAGGGGACAGUGGACUUUGGUGUUGAGCCACAGAGCCUCUUCACAGACGGACAGGUGCUAAGUGUUUCUCUGGGACUAGGAGACAAGGACGUGGCCUAUUCCUGCAUUGUCUCCAACCCUGUGAGCUGGGACUUGGCCACAGUCACCCCCUGGGAGAGCUGCCAUCACGAAGCAGCACCAGGGGACGCCUCCUACAAGGAUAUGUUACUGGUGGUGGUGCCCAUCUCGCUGCUUCUGUUCCUGGUUGGUCUCUUCUUCGCGUGGCACUGUGGCCUCUGCUCAGGGAAAAAGAAGAGGGACGCCUGUACUGACCGAGUGGCUGCAGAGACAGAGAACCCCCUUGUGUAGAAAGUGCCACGAGAGACAAUAAAAUCUGACCACUGGGUCAUGAGGAAACCCCCUGUCUAAGCACAUGAUGCUCCCGGGACACAGCUGGUACCUGGAAACCUUCAGGGAACUUCUACCUCCUAUGACAUUUCUGGAACAGCCUGGGCAGCUGUCACACUGGCAGAACAGAAAGUAUUGGCAUAAACCUCAACACCUCUCCCUUCUUUCUCCUCACUGUUCAUGUCCUGGCUCUCACUGCUGGACAAGACGGGGCUAACAGGAUGUUCCCUCAAGAACACCAGGAGGCCGGGAAUGGUGGCACACGCCUGUAAUCCAACCACUCUGGAGGCUCAGGAGGAUUGCCAGUGUGAAGCCAGCCUGGGCAGCUUAGCAAGACCCCGACUCAAGAAGAACGACAAUGAAAAAGGCUGAGGAUGUGGCUCCGUGGUAGAGCACCCCUGGGUUUAAACCCAAUACUACCAGAAAACAACAACGACUCGAGACGUUCUCCAAGAUCACAAGAUCACUAUUCAAGGCACUCACCAUUCCCCAAAGAACUGCCUCCAGCUCUGGUCCUAGGCUCUAAAAGACGUUCAACAGGGGCUGGGGUUGUGGCUCAGCGGUAGAGCGCUCGCCUCGCACGUGCAAGGCCCUGGGAUCGAUCUUCAG